GAGCGGAGCGGGAUGGCCGCCAUCUUGUGCGGCGCCCGAGCUCGAGCCUGAAGCCGCGCCGAUCUCCAGGUGUGCGGCCUCCUGGGGAGGAAGCGCGGGCCCAGGUCCCUGGAGGCGCGAGAGCCGGAGCGGCCCGUGCCCGCUCCCCCGCACCGUGCCCCCCCCAGCCCGCGGCACAGCCCGUGCAGAGCGGAGCGCUCCGGGGUCCGGCGUGGGCCCGCGCCGCCCGCGGAGGAUGAACGGAGGAUAAAUGGUGCCCCAGGCGGACAGCGGCGCCUUCGUGCUCCUCUUCCUGCUGGUGCUCACCGGCACCGAGCCGCUGCGCCCAGGUCCACCACUAGCCCUGGCGAGACUUCUGUCAGAAUCGCGGUGUAACCCGGGCCAGUUUGCUUGUCGCAGUGGUGCCAUCCAGUGCAUCCCCCUCUCCUGGCAAUGUGACGGCAGGGGGACCUGCGAAGAUGAGAGUGACGAGGUUGGCUGUCCAGACGUGCCUGGGGACCAACGUUCUUAUCAUGGAAAGGAGGCCAUGGAUUCACGGCCCAGUCGUGGAAGAGGAGACAAAACCCGCUUCCACACGGUGAAUGUGGCCCAGCCCGUGCGCUUUAGCAGAAAGUGCCUGACGGGAUGGCAUCAUUACGAGGGCACGGCCAGCUGCUACAAGGUCUAUCUGAACGGGGAGAACUAUUGGGACGCCGUGCAGACCUGCCAGAGGGUAAAUGGUUCCUUAGUCGCCUUCACGACUGACGAGGAGCUCCGCUUCGUCCUGGCCCAGGAGUGGGAUCUACAGGAGAGGACCUUUGGGUGGAAGGACCAGCGCAAGUUCUGGGUUGGCUAUCAGUACGUCAUCACUGGUCGGAACCGUUCUCUGGAAGGCCGCUGGGAGGUGGCUCACAAAGGGCCCUCCGAGGUCUUUUUGCCUCCAGACCCCAUUUUUGCCUCCGCCGUGCCCGAGAACGACAACGUGCUCUGCGCCCAGCUCCAGUGCUUCCACUUCCCCACCCUGCGGCACCACGACUUGCACAGCUGGUAUGCGGAGAACUGCUACGAAAAGUCUUCCUUCCUUUGCAAAAGAAGCCAAACAUGUGUGGACAUCAAGGACAACGUGGUGGGGGAAGGCUACCACUUCACGCCCAAGGGCAACGACCCCUGCCUGAGCUGCACCUGCCACAAUGGCGAGCCGGAGAUGUGCGUGGCCGCGCUGUGCGAGGGGCCCCAGGGCUGCCAGCAGUACGACAAGGACCCCAAGGAGUGCUGCAAGUUCAUGUGCUUGGAUCCAGAUGGCAGCAGCUUGUUUGACUCCAUGGCCAGUGGGAUGCGCCUGAUCGUCAGCUGCAUCUCCUCCUUCCUCAUCCUCUCCCUGCUGCUCUUCAUGGUACAUCGGCUGCGACAGAGGCGCCGAGAGCGCAUCGAGUCAUUGAUUGGUGCAAACUUGCAUCACUUUAACCUCGGGCGGAGGAUCCCGGGCUUCGACUACGGCCCUGACGGCUUCGGGACGGGCCUGACCCCGCUGCAUCUCUCCGACGAUGGAGAAGGGGGAGCCUUUCAUUUCCAUGACCCUCCCCCACCGUACACGGCCUACAAGUACCCAGACAUUCAGCAUCCCGACGACCCACCACCCCCCUACGAGGCCUCUGUGGACCCCGGCAGCACACUCUGUGCCAGCCCAGAUGGCGUUUGCCCCCAGGUGGCCCAGAGUGACCCGCCCUCCCUAGGAGACAGCGAGGCGUCUCCCCAACUCCCCGAGGGGCCUCCCCCGCCUUCGGUGGGGCCCUCCCCUGCGGAGCUGGACGACUCGGCCGACAGCAGCACCCUGCUGGUCCCUCCGGACACGCCGCUGAGCGAGAACGGGCCGGCAGAGACUCUGGGGGGCAGCCGCCCCAGCCUCUGCUCUCUCAACACCAUCGUCUAAGGGGGCGAGCCGACAGCCUGCUGGUCAGAACCCGCCGGGGCGACCGCGUGCACACACCUGGACCUGGCCCCUUCUCUCCCGCUAUGCCGGGCUGGCUCCUCCCCCACUGCAUUCACCCCCUGGUUUAUUGUGUAAAUAGGGACUGGGGGCUGCGGGAGGGGAAGGCCCAAGGGCCUCGGUGGGGCCAGGAGGACAGAAACUUGGGCAGCUCGGCUCGUUUUCGUCCCUCGUGGAGGAGGCUGGGGCCGUGUGGAGCGGGGUCUCCUGGGAUCGCGCCCGCGUAGCGCUUGGCGAUGCUCACGGGACGGCCAGAGCUAGGGCCCUGCUGGUGGGAGCGCUGUCCCAGCUCCACAGAAGGUUCGGCUCAGUAGCCUAGAGGUGGGCCUGGAGGCGCAGGGAGCCGGCUUGGAGCUCUGUAGGCUUCUGCGUGAGUCCAGUCACUUAAAGGCCGGGGGCAGGCAGCUUUGGCCUCUGGGCUGCUGCCCAGCAGGGCAGGGAUGCGAGCUGGGUGCAGAGGGGGGAGGGGGCCAAACCCUGGGAGCUUUCCUGCAGCCCCAGACCUGCUUGGGUAAGGGCAGGUGCAAAGAAAGGCAAUGGCCCGUUGGGAACCAACCUCGUGAUGGAGGGGCCUCUCCCCCGGGUCUCGCCCUGCAGCUGACCUACUGACUUUGACCUUGCUGUGGGGCGGGGUGGGGGAGGCCCGGCAAGGCUGGCCCGGCUCCACAGCCUGGAUCUAGGCUGCCUUUGUACUCCUGUUCUGCACAGACCCUCCGUGGGGGACACUUGGGGACCCCCUGACCUCAGCCCUCUCUGCCAGAUCCUGCUUGGGGACACUGCUGCCCGUUCUGAGGCCUCUGGAAGGAAUGGGCAGUGGGCGGGGAGAGGGCAGUGUCUUAGCAAAGGCUAGAGUCGCCCUGAGGGGGCUUUUCAGGGCCUGGAGACCACCCAGGAUGCUGCGAGGUUUCUGCUUUGUAGCUUCUGUCCCCUGGGUGAGGUUGGGGAGCGGGGAGGCCCCCGAGAUGGGCCCCCCUUCAUGCUUCACUUAGAAAAGUGCACAGGGAGGAGCCCCACAUGGUAUUUCACUUGGACCCAGACCUCUCAGUAUUUUGUCAGGCUCCAGCCUGAGCGAUGUGACCCCGGCUGCCGUCCCCCCCGCUCUCCCCCCUCAGUUUGGUUCAUGGCGCCUCGUUAGGACCUCUGGGGGAUGGUUUGUCCCGUCGGGUCAGGGCUUGGUGCAGGGGCCUGAAUGCCUGUGGGCAGCAGCUUGGGGGGCUCCCAGCCCCACCUGCCCCAAGGCCACAGCCGCCUGCCCUGGGAGGAUCCUGCUGUGCCCCCGCAGCCUCUCCCCGCUCAGGGCGUCCCCCACGGGCCUGCCCCUUCUCCCUCAGCCUCGCCUCGCACCCGCUGAAUGGACGCGGGGUCUGCCUGGGGCCCUUGGGCAGGGACGCGGCCUGUGGGCAGCGAGGGCUGCCCAAGGAAGAACACAAAGCGGGUCGUGCACUUUUGAGCACAUCUAUACGUUUUCUAUACAUUGUAUGUACUGACUGUGUUUCCUUUAGUUUUAUAUGGGUGGUUGGAUGUGUGUGGGUGCGGGGUCUGCGUGUGUGAGUGUGUGUGUGAGUGUGUCAGUGUGAGUGUGUGUGGAUGGCUGCGAUCGGUACGGAGAAAGAAGGGCCCGGGAUGGCCGGGCCGGAGCUCCGCAGGAGGCCGCUGGGCGCGUUCAUCCAUUUCUGCCCCGGUUUGGCCCCCUUUCCUGGCCAGACCUGCCCGCCUCCUGGGGCACCAUUCAGCCUCAGCUCAGUGAUCAGGCGCCGCUCGGGGGAGGCCGGGAGAGCCCCCUCGGCCCUUCCUCUCUGGCUCCCCCGGUCCCUGGUGGCCGCUUAUUCCUUGGGGUCCGGGGCGGGCGGGGCUUCUUUCCUGCGGGUGUGGGCGACCAUUUUUAAUUCCUUUUCCUCUUUCUGGGUCCCGCGGCCCCGGGGAGCUGAGCUGGGGGAGCUGAGGCAGCUCCCUGGGGGUUCUCACUCCUCAGAGCGGGCAGGGCUGCCCCACGUCACCCCUCCUUCCUCUUGCCAAAUGGUUUCUGGGGGAGUGUUAGCUUUUUUUUUUUAAGAACGAUGGCAUCGUCUGUUUGCACAUUGAACCCCUCAUUCUGGUUGUUAAUUAAAGGUGAAAAAAGCUCUCGCUUGGUCUUUCCAGAACAUUCUUGGAGGUCUGCCGAGGGAGAGGGGAGGCCCUCAGGACGAGCCCGUGCCCGUGGUCCGCGCUCUCCCUUGUGCUUUCCCUGCGUGGCGCAGGCCCUCGAGCAGAUGGAUUUGGGCAUAUUUUCAGACCAGGAAGACGCUAAGAGUGCGCUGCCCUCCCUUCCCAAACCAGUUCUGGGAUCCACGGCGACCAAAGGGGCAGGAAAGCCCCCGGUCGGCUUGUUGGCUUUCAGCGCCAGAGCACCAGGGAACCCCGAGCCGGGAAGCCGCGGAGGUCCGUCUGAGGGGGCUGUGGCUGUGCUCCCCGGCUGGCUGCAGAGCCGCCGGGGACCCAGGGCCGUACCCGAGCGCUGUAGGGAGGGCGUCUCCAUGGGCCACUUGUUUGGACAGACUUCCGUGCCGCUUGAAAGCGCCGGGAUCCCCGCCUCCAGAAGCACUCGGGCACGGGGGGCCUCCUUUUUUGACUGAUGCAUGGCUUGUCAGUCAGCAGCCCAGCGCUUCAGCCCCAGGGCAGCCUCCACACGUUAGCUCAGGGGGGUCAGCUCUCAAGGACCUCCCCCCCCACUCCCACUUAGGCACAGCAGGAGCCCCGAGGCCUCCUGAGGCCGUGCAAAGAGUGCCUUUCAUUCCAGGCCAAGGCCUGAGCACAGGGCACCCAGCCUGGCCCUGCUCUGCCCCUUGCGGGUCCCCAUCUGCUGUCCUGAGACUAGGUGGGUGGGCAUAUCUCCGGGGGCUGCCUAUAGGUGUCUGCAGUGGGGGCCACACGUCCCUCAGGACUGCGAGGCUUUUUCCUGUGAACCUGCAGUGCCCCCUCCCCCCCAGAGAGCUGCCCCAGCCUCCUUGCCCCGAGAGAGCCAAGACCAGAAUCCGCUCAGUGAAGUCCGUAGGGAGGCUUCCGCAUGGCUCAGGCCCAGGUCUGUGCUCUGUGUCUGCUGAAAAAGGCUUGUGCGUUGGUGCUGGGUCAGCGUCCCUGGGGGACCAAGAAGCGUGACUGAGUGCUGAGGUCUGCUCCCAUGGGCCCUCUUCUUACCCCCUGGAGGUGUCCCUGUCUCCAAGGAUCUGGGCUCCAGGCCUGGCGAGGACCUCACCGGGAGGGCAAGUUUAUGGGGUCCAAUAAGGGGGGGGUCUUUCCCUCCCCAGGCGCCCCGCCUCCAGAGCUCCUGUGCAAGAUGGACUUGGUUGAUUGAAGUAGAACUAUCCCCCUGCCCACCCCCACGUGCCAACAUGCCUCCCUCAUUCCAGGGCCAGACUGCCCAGGGGGCAUCGGGGGGCCGUGCUGCCGUGUGCUCUGCCCCCCGGGGAGUUGGCAGUGCUCAACAGCCUGGAUGGGGCCUCCUGGUCUUUCUGAAAGGCCCUUAGGCUGGCCUCGCAAGCCGUGGCUGUCCCGUAGACCGGCAUCGUGAGCCGUGCCAUCCCUGGGCCGGCAUCGUGGGCUGUGGCCAUCCUGUAGGCCGGCGUCCGGAAGACUUUCUUGCUUUCACGGAGCGGGUUUUAAUUGUUUGGAUUGUUUGUUUUUUGUUGUCCAGUUGGCACUAAUCUUUUUGUCCUCCUCAAGAUGCUGUGAGACUGUGUCAUCUAAAUGCCAAAUAAAUUUGUGUUCUGGUCA